UAACGUUGAGGCCGUCUCACCGAGCACACUACCUUGGAGUGUGCUCGGUGAGACGGGAGGGCAGGAGGAGGUGGAGAGAAAAGAGGAAGCGGAGAGCAUGAGGAGGGUAGGAGUAGGAGGAUAAAGAGAAAGCUGAUGAAGAAGAAGAUAAUGACGAGGUGGUGGAGUUGGAGGGUGGAUGCCAUCUCGACUAACUGUCAACUCGUCUCUUCUCGUUCACAGCGCCUCUUCCACCCGGGGGAGGCCGUGCUGGGGAGCGGCUCGCGAGGCGAUGUAGGGGGCAGGAGCCCCCCCCCACUACCACCACCACCACCACCACCUACCCCCUCUCUCUGUCGAGUCAUGAAGUCGGUGAGCGCCGGCGUCGGGGUGAGCCACGUGAUGCCUGAGUCGUCCCCGCCGCUGGGCGCGCAGCUCCUGAGUGAGCGGUAUCGGAAUCAUCACCACGUGCGACCUCACUUCGGCGAGGGUCUGCGUGGAGGAGAGUCGCGGAUGGAGGAGAGGGAGGCCCCCAGGUCGUGGCUGGAAGUUCGGGGCAGCCUCGCCAAACGCGACGCCGUCGGCGGGACGGGCGGCGCCAGCCACGCCGGCUCCAUCAUGGCCGGAAAGCUCUCCCUGGGAAUGCUCCCGCUGGCACUGCACUUCGAGGAGGGUCAGAUGAGAUCCUUGCACCACCACCACCACCAGCAGCAGCAACAGCAGCAGCAACAUCAUCAUCAGCAGCAGCAGCAUCAACAUCACCAGCUCGGCGGUGGCGGCGGCAUCGUCGGAGGUGGCGCUGGCGGAGACGCGAGGGCGGAAUCGGCGCCUGCCGCCGAAGACCCGAAGAAGGCCCGGAAAUACCCGUGCCGGAUCUGCGGCAAGCGGUUCCGCUUCAACAGCGUGCUGUCGCUGCACAUGCGCACGCACACGGGCGAGAAGCCCUUCAAGUGCCCCUACUGCGACCACCGCGCAGCGCAGAAGGGCAACCUCAAGAUCCACAUGCGCACGCACACGCGGGCGGGCGCGGCCGACGCGGCCGCCGGCCCUUCCGCCCCCGGCGUCUUUGCCGGCGCCCGCGGCGGUGGCGCCGGCCCGCCGGGCGGGUCGCCUCUCCUGUGCAAGGCGGAGGGCGGCGAUGGCAGCCGCCUGCUCAUGGAGCUGGAGGAGAGGGCGGUGCUCAGGGACCUGCAGCUCAGGGGCGGCGCCGGCGCCCCCUCCGUGGCCGCGGGCGAUGCGGAGCAAGUGCCGGGCGAGGGCGACGGCACCGCGGCCGAGCGGGGGGAGGAAGGCGCCGCCGCCGCCGUCGCCGCCGCCGCCGCGCCCGCGGGCCACCGCUGCUCCUUCUGCAAGGGCAAGUUCCGGAAGCGCGCCGAGCUGGAGCGCCACAUCGGCAUCCUGCACAAGCCCUACCGCUGCUCGCUCUGCCAGUUUGCGGCCGCCCGCCAGGACGAGCUGGCGCGCCACGUGGACGGCGCCCACUGCGCCAGCGUGGAAACCUCCGCCGGCGCCGGCGUCGCCGCGGCGGCGGCGGCGUCGGCGGCGAGCGAGGUGCGCUGCGAGGAGUGCGGCCAGACGUUCGCUCAGGUGUGGUUCCUCAAGGCGCACAUGCGCAAGCACAAGGGCUCGCUGGACCACGCCUGCACCGUGUGCGGGCGCCGCUUCAAGGAGCCCUGGUUCCUUAAGAACCACAUGAAGGUGCACACCAACAACGCCAGCAAGCUCGCCAAGAUCAUCGGCGCUUCCGCCUCCGCCGCGAACUCCUCAACCGCCAAGGGCUGCUCGCCGCUCGCGGUCGCCGUUCGCCGGCAGCGACCGGCGGCGGCGCCGCAGCCCCCGCCGUCGUCGUCGACGCCGGACGGUCCGCCGGCCGCGACCAGCGACGCGGCGCAGGACGGCGCGACGGCGCGAGCGCGAGCGUCGCCCUACGAGACGUGCGCCACCUGCGGCUUCCUCUUCCCAGACCGCGCCAGCCUGGCGCGCCACCGCAAGCUGCACGCGCGCUCCGACGAGAUGAUGGCGAUGGCGACGGCGGUGGAACGCGUCCGCCAGGAGGACGACGAGGAGGAGGAGGAGCGGCGGCGACCGCGGCAGCAGCGGCAGCAGCAGCCCGGGCUGCAAGCGGAGCACGCGGCCAAGAGGUCGUUCCUGGGGAGCCUGGAGCUGGCGCCGCCGUCGGCGAGCGACGGAGCCGGGCGGCGCGAGGCGGCGUCGUGUGCCCGCGCCGUCGAGUCGGAGCCCGCCGAGAGCUACCAGGCGUGGCGGCCGCACGCGAGGGGCGCCGCGGCCGAGACGCGCUUCCGCGAGAACGCGCCGGACGGCGGCGUGGGCGGCGGCGCGGGAGGAGGGGGGCAGCCGGACCGCGGGGACGUGGACGGCAGGGCGAGGAAGAGGGAGCGCGACUCGGACGAGAGCCCGCGGCCCAAACGGCGCGGCUCGCGGGCCGGGUCGGAGGGCGAGGAACUCCCGGCCGGCGCGGGGGCCGGCGACGACGGCGGCGGCGGCGGCGGCGGAGCGGACGGGAGGACCGGCGGCAGAGGAUUCGGAAUCGGCUUCAAAUCCCCCGCGUGGCACGAGGCUCGCCGCGGAGACCGCCGGCGAAACUCGCGAUGCCACGAGCCGCUCGGUGCCCGCUCCCGGCCAACGCGACACCGGAAUCAGCAGCGUCGCCACCGCCGGCAGCAGCGGAGCGGAAGCGACUGCGGGAGCUUCGGGGAGAGCGGGGGGAGCUGCAGUCCCGUGGGGGGGGGCGAGGAGGAGGAGGGGGCGGCGGGCGCCGGCACGAGCAGCGACGCCGACUCCGUCUACGCCAGCGGCACCAGCAGCCCCGCGCCGCCGGACUCCCCGCGACACGCCGAGUGCCGAGCCGCGGCCGCCACGGAGGAGGAGGAGGAGGGGGAGGGGGAGCACCACGCCGAGUCACCGUCGCCCACGUCAGAGCUGAGCGACGAGGUGUUGCGCCUGCUGGGGGAUGGGCAGCAGCUGCAGCACAGCAACAAGGACAGGGAUCGGGGGUCACGGACGGAGAGGGACUGCCCCUUCUGCGCGAAGACGUUCCGCUCCUCGCACCACCUGAAGGUUCACCUACGCACGCACACAGGGGAGCGUCCGUACAAGUGCCCGCACUGCGAGUACGCGGGGACCCAGUCCUCCUCCCUCAAGUACCACCUGGGCCACUACCACCGCUCGGCGGCCCCGCAAAGCACCGCUUCGCUCAAGGCCCUGCUCGCCCUCAACCACCAGGCCCCGGUGACCGCCGCCGUCGCCUCGGCAGCCGCUUCCGCCGUCUCGCCGCGCGGAGCCGCCACCGGUUGCAGCAACUCCUGCUCCUCGUCGACGUCGACGUCACCGUACCGCGACGCGGCCGGCUUUCGAAGGAGCCUGCCGGUGCCGGCGUUCGACGGCGAAGCCAGGACGGCGGGGCAGUUCCGGCCGCUGGGCUUCCUCGAGCGCAAGUUGGUGGCGGCGGUGGUGGGCGGCAACGGCGGCGGCGGCGCUGCUCACGGCUCGGAGAAUGGCGGUGCUGGCGCUGCCGCUGCCCGCGGCGCUGACGGGCUCGGCGGAGUUCUCCGUGGCGCCGCCGGCACGGCCGCCGCUGCCGGUGGCGGCGCUCGGUGUUUCCGCGCCGCCCAGGUGUUCUCGGCCGAGCAGUGGAACAGCGAGCGCCGGUGCCAGCGGCGCGCCGACGGCCUUCAGCACGAGCCGCUCGACCUCUCGGUGAAACCACGCUGGGUCGCCAGGCCGCCGCGGCAUCCGAUCACCGAGCACCCGCACGCACCGCCGCCGGCGCCGCCGCCGCCACCGCCGCCGGCAAGGAGCUACCGCGCUAUCGCCACCGGUGCCAGCACGGCGCUGCCGUCGUCGAGAGCCGACGAGUCGAGGCCCCGCGUCUCUUCCGCCGCCGCCAAUGUCACGUCCGGGCGGACAGGCCCCCCACUGCUGAGCUCCGGCGAAAGCUCCGGCACACGCGGGCCACUCGCCGCGACGCCGGCUGGCCGCACGGGCCCGCCCCCGCUCAUGAAGGCCCGGUACUGCCCCCCGCUGGCCCGGCACGACUGCGAAAUGGGCGGUGGCCGCGAUGCUUACGGUAGCGGUGGUGGUGUUUACGGGGCCGGUGGUGGCGGCGGCGGUGGUGGCGGUGGCGCUGGCGGUAACAGGAGUGUCGUUGGCAAACCAAACGGCGCGCUGUGUGGCAGGCAGGGCGAUGCGGCCGCCCUUGCGGAAUUCUCCCGGCAGCUGGGCCUCCUCUCCGCCCCGGCGCGCACGGCGCAGAAGCCGUCGUCGCUGUCCUCCCCUUCCUCCUCUUCCUCCUCCUCUUCUUCCUCAUCCACGUCAUCGCCGCCAUCGAUCACGGGACGCAAGGACGAGGAGGAGGAGUCGGCGGCUGCGACGUCGAAGGCGCCAGCGACGGAGGCUUCAUCAGCAGUGCCGUCGUUGGAGACUUCGGCCUGUGCCCGAGCCGUGAUGGGGGAGCAGCAGCAGCACGAGGAGCAGCAGCAGCAGCAGCAGCAGAGUGAGGGGAGAGUGAGUGGCCUGGACAAGACGUGGGAGUGGCUGCGCUCGAGUCUGCCCAGCCUGGCCGGCCUGGAGAUCCCCACACGCUGGGUGCUGGAGGCGGCGGCGGUGGCAGCAGCCGGAGGAGGAGGCGGAGGGGGUGAAGGAGGGGGAGCAGCUGCGAGCGAACAGGACGGAGUGGACGGAUCUCUGUACUUGUCCAGCGAAGGUGAGCGCCGCUACCGAUGCCUCUUCUGCUCGUACGGCGCCUCGCAGAAGGGCAACCUGAAGACUCACGUGCGCAGCGUCCACCACGUGACCUUCGACCCCUCGCUCUACCCGGACCGCCGCUUUAAUCGCUGCCGCCUGGGGGAUCGCCCCCCCCUCCCCUGCCUCCCCGGCCCCCACCCCGGCCCCCAUCCCGGCCCCCACCCCGGCCCCCACCCCGGCAUGUACACCCCGGAUGGACCCUCCGAGCGCGGCGGUGGACUUCAUCAGCGGGAGGCUGCGGCUGCGUCGACGGUGGUGACGGCAGCAGCCUCCCAGGAGGAGUUGCGUGACCCCGAUGACGACGAUGGCGGUGAUGGUGGUGGCCGUGGUGAUGGUGGUGGCCGUGGUGAUGGUGGUGGCCGUGGUGAUGGUGGUGGCCGUGGUGAUGGUGGUGGCCGUGGUGAUGGUGGUGGCCGUGGUGAUGGUGGCGGAAGAUGCUUUGUGGAGGUGAAGGUUGUAGGUUUAAAAGCAGGGUCAUUGAAUGGACCUGAUUCGUGCGGUAGUGGUGGUGGUGGUGACGAGCCAGGAAAGAAGGAGGAUGAAGAGGAGAUUCAGGAAGAGGUUCAAGACGAGGGGGAAGGGGUUCAGGAAGAUGAUGAAGAGGAGGAGGUUGAAGAUGAGAAAGUGGAGAGCGAAGAGCAGGAAGAAGACAUUGAGGAGGAGGAGGAAGAGGAGCUGGACGCUGAGAAGGAUGAUGGUGACGAGGAGGUUGAAGCUGCCGCAUGGACAAGUGAUGCAACUCUAGCCCACGCUGAGAAAGAUGAUGUGGGUGACCGUGAUGAUGAUGAAGAAGAUGAUGAUGAUGAUGGUGCUGCCGACGCCGACGAGGGAGGAGUGACGCACGCGAGUUUUGGCGCGCGCCACGCAGACUGACGUCGAGACGCGGGCCUCUGGGGUGCCGUCGAUGAGUCUUGCGGACAUGAAGAGGAGGAGGAGGGGGUGGUGGUGGUGGUGGGAACUCUGCAGCAAACUUUUCUUCACGGAUGCCCCCGGUUCUUCCGUGGACGCUACGCGAAUAUCGAUUUCGUAACCGAGUUAGUUUUUUUUAAUUAAAGAUUCAGCCGCGCGAUAACGAUCUAUUUGUUGUUGUUGUUGCUGUGAAGCCCUCCACCACCAGGCACGGCCAGACAUUAAAUAAUAAGUAUUGUCGUGUCCAUUUUCACAGCAGAGUUGAGCGGUUAGACAGGCGACGCCUUCCUUGAACCUGCGUCAAGCAUCGUCAGAUGAGGUUGGAGACCCAGGAAGGCACACAUUGUUUUGCCCUCUUUCUGACACUACAUUUUUUUUCCCGGCUUUUGGUUGGCGUGAGAAAAAUGUUUCUCUUUUGACGUGCUGGCGGCGACUUGACCGCUGCUGUGAUCGCUCGCACACCAAUGUGUACAUUUCAUUUGUUUUCAGGCUGCGUUGCGUGGUGGAGGGUCUUCACGACACAACAUCUGGCCACGUCAAUUGGGCGGUGGGUCCAAUUGCCCUCCUCUCUUCCUCCGCCCCCCCCCCCCCCCCUCACGAAUCUUGAUGAUGACUGUGACAAAAAACCUUCCGAGCGUUAAGUUCAAUAGCGUUGUCUCGAGCUCACCAUCAUCAGCAGUAGCAUCAUCAAACGCUGCCGUAUUACAUGUCUGUACAGUGAGCCGACGUUUCGGGUGAUGGGCCAUUUUCAGGGGACGGAUGAAGGCGUUUCUCAGAGAAGUCAAUUAUAUCGGCUCUUAAAAACACAAUAAAACAAAAAACUGAACGGAGUUCGUUGGUUCCACUAAAAGGGGUUUGAUGUCUUGCUUUCUGGAUAACUUGAGGCAGGGGCAGAACGUGACAUCCGUUGUGGUAGACUGGACGUGGUGGUAUGCGUGGGGGUGCGGGUAUUAUUUUGUGGCAGAUGUGAAGCCCUCGCUGGUCCUAACCAUUUAAAUUUGUUGUAGCCACAUUGUGGGCGCAUCGCCUUAUAAAGAAAUGAAGAUAAUGGAUAAAAAAACCCAUGUUGCAUUGGAAAUAAUAAUAGACGAUUUUAUGUGAUCAAAAUGAUUCAGUUAAUAUUAAUCGAUUUUUGGAAAUAAUUAAAAAAAGAUCGAAUGUUAAAAAACCCCCAUCUAGUUAAAGUAAACUUCGAUUUUAAAGAAAUCUAUUUUUUUUAAUAUCCAGUUGUGUGCGGCGUCACACGAUGCACCGAUACUCGUGCGUCAUUAUCCGUUAUUUAAAUUAUAUGCAAAUGAUGUGUAAAGUAUAUACACAUGAUAUGCUAAUUUUCUGCUCAUUGCACCGUGCAAACUAAUCGAACGAACAGAACGAGACGCGGGGGGGGGGGGGGGGGAGGGAAUCAUCGGCAAAUGGAGCAAAUAUGAAUUAUGGAACAAACCCAUUAUCAAUAGUUUAACCAUUAUCGAUUCGUGACCCCGUGUGACCCCGAAUCACCGUAACUCAGUAAGUCACUCGGGAGGGGAAUGGUUCCAUAUGGAGAGGAAUGUGACCAGGGAUUUACUUUCUCCUGCGAUGUUUUCCAGAGCUCUGUCCCGGGCGGCUCCAUCUGAAAUUAACCCCCUCCCACUGCUCACCCCCCUCCCCUCCGACUGCGUCACGAGUCAAGGAAUUGUCACGAUGCGAUACGACAAAAAAUACAUUGUAGCGAAAGUAGCUUCCUCUAGUAGCUGAAGAGGUUGCCAUGAACCCAUUAGCUACAACGUCUACGAAUCGAAAGCCAUUGAUUCGCGAGCUUUUAAUUCUCGACCGCCUUCAACCAAACCAGCGUGGUGAAGUAUGGCGAAAUAAUGCCCCCUCCCCCGCGACACGCACAUGAGCACACAAGCAUAGAACACGAUUGUGAGAUUGUCUAAUUCAUAUGGGCGGUGUUUGGUGAUGAUGAUGAUGGUGAAGGUGGUAACGGCAGUAGUAAAGUAUUUAAUCCCCUUUUGCCCUCUUAUAAUCAAUUAAUUACAUUUCAGCAGGAGCUGCCCGGGGCUGAGUUCCGGAAAGAUCCCUCCCCCGACACGAGAUAUGAAGCCCUUUUUACACCCCUCCUACCCCCCACGUACCCCCCCCCCCCCCCCCCACUCAUUCACCUCCCACCCACCUCCAAAAAGACCACAAUCAACUUAGAGCAAUUUUGGAGCAAUUGUUGCCGGCAAUUGACAAGUCCAGGACCCCUCCUCCCCCACCCCCACGGCACGAGGCCACGUGGGCCACGCGCAAGCUGCGGCUUCAUUCCAGACGAACCGUGGCGGUCUCGCGUUGAGGCCCGACCAUUUAGAGACGGCCAGAAAAAAACAUCGAUUGUGUUUUUGUUUGUUUAUCCGUCACUGCUAAGUAAGCAUCGUGGCCACACUCAUCGGGUGCCAGAGUGCAGGGGUGGGUCGGGUUGGGCACCGUGUGUCUAAUUUAACAAAAAGUAAGGACAUCAAAAGCGAACGUUUUCCACCUUCACAUAUCCGUCUCUCCCACUCACGUCUUGAAUAAAACUUACGAAAAUGUU